AACGCGUCCGGGGCUCGCGAGCGAGGCUGGGCUGGGGGUGCGGCGCUAGCGGGACUGACGCUCCGGAGGCGGCCCGGGGGACCGGACAGGGCGGGGGCGGGGACGCGGCCGCCUGCGCGGUUCCGGGUGCUCCCGCCGCGGCGGUGCCCAAGGCGCACUUGACCGGGGCCGCGUUGCGGGGAAGGGUGGUCUGGGGAGAACCCCGAGCGCCGCGGCGUCUAUCCAACCCUGCUUCAUCGCGGCCGCUCGAGCCACCGCUGAGCCGCCUCGCGUGCCCCCAGCCAUGGCUUUCGCCAAUUUCCGCCGCAUCCUGCGCCUGUCUACCUUCGAGAAGAGAAAGUCCCGCGAAUAUGAGCACGUCCGCCGAGACCUGGACCCCAACGAAGUGUGGGAGAUCGUGGGCGAGCUGGGCGACGGCGCCUUCGGCAAAGUUUACAAGGCCAAGAAUAAGGAGACGGGUGCCUUGGCUGCAGCCAAAGUCAUUGAGACCAAGAGUGAGGAGGAGCUGGAGGACUACAUCGUGGAGAUAGAGAUCCUGGCCACCUGCGACCACCCCUACAUCGUGAAGCUCCUAGGAGCCUACUACUAUGAUGGAAAGCUGUGGAUCAUGAUCGAGUUCUGCCCUGGGGGAGCUGUGGACGCCAUCAUGCUGGAGCUGGACAGAGGCCUCACAGAGCCGCAGAUUCAGGUGGUUUGCCGCCAGAUGCUGGAAGCCCUCAACUUCCUGCACAGCAAGAGGAUUAUCCACCGAGAUCUGAAAGCCGGCAACGUACUCAUGACCCUGGAGGGAGACAUCAGACUGGCUGACUUUGGUGUGUCUGCCAAGAAUCUGAAAACUCUGCAGAAACGAGAUUCUUUCAUAGGAACGCCUUACUGGAUGGCCCCCGAGGUGGUCAUGUGUGAGACCAUGAAGGACACGCCGUAUGACUACAAAGCCGACAUCUGGUCCCUGGGCAUCACGCUGAUAGAGAUGGCCCAGAUCGAGCCCCCACACCAUGAGCUCAACCCCAUGCGGGUCCUACUCAAGAUCGCCAAGUCAGACCCUCCCACGCUGCUCACGCCUUCCAAGUGGUCUGUGGAGUUCCGAGACUUCUUGAAGGUAUCUCUGGAUAAGAACCCAGAAACCCGGCCCAGUGCUGCACAGCUGCUGGAGCAUCCCUUCGUCAGCAGCGUCACCAGUAACAAGGCUCUGCGGGAGCUGGUGGCAGAGGCCAAGGCCGAGGUGAUGGAGGAGAUUGAAGAUGGCCGGGACGAGGGGGAAGAGGAGGACACUGUGGAUGCCACUGGGCCCCUAGGGAAUCACACUCAGAACUCUGUGGAUUCGGGCCUCAACACUGACAAGCCUCUCAAGACGUCAUCUUCCACCUCACUGCCGCCCAGCCAGCCUCAGGACAGUGUGAAUGGACCCGGCAGCCAGCCCUCUGGGAAUGGAUCCCUCCAAACUAUCUGCCCCCCGGAUGUGGCCCCUGGAAACGAGAAUGGCCUCACAGUGCCUGUGCCCCUUCGCAGGUCCCGGCCCGUGUCCAUGGAUGCCAGAAUUCAGAUAGCUGAGGAGAAGCAAGUCGCUGACCAGGGUGGGGACCUCAGUCCAGCCACCAACAGGUCCCAAAAGGCAAGCCAGAGCCGGCCCAACAGCAGUGCCCUGGAGACCUUGGGUGGUGAGAAGCUGGCCAACGGCAGUCUGGAGCUCCCUGCCCAGGUGACUCCAGGCUCUUCCAAGAGGGACUCAGACUGCGGCAUCCUCUCCACCUCUGAGAGCAUGGACUAUGGCACCUCGCUCUCUGCUGACCUGUCCCUGAACAGGGAGUCAGGCUCUCUGUCCAUCAAGGACUCAAGGCUGCACAAGAGAACCCUGAAGCGGACUCGCAGAUUUGUGGUGGAUGGUGUUGAGGUGAGCAUCACCACCUCCAAGAUCAUCAGCGAGGAUGAGAAGAAGGAUGAGGAGAUGAGAUUUCUCAGGCGCCAGGAACUCCGAGAGCUUCGGCUGCUCCAGAAAGAAGAGCAUCGAAACCAGACCCAGCUGAGCAACAAGCAUGAGCUGCAGCUGGAACAAAUGCACAAACGUUUUGAACAGGAAAUCAACGCCAAGAAGAAGUUCUUUGACACAGAGUUAGAGAACUUGGAGCGUCAGCAAAAGCAGCAGGUGGAAAAGAUGGAGCAAGACCACGCCGUGCGCCGUAAGGAGGAGGCCAAGCGGAUCCGCCUGGAGCAGGAUCGGGACUACGCCAGGUUCCAAGAGCAGCUCAGACUGAUGAAGAAGGAGGUGAAGAACAAGGUGGAGAAGCUCCCCCGAGAGCAGCGGAAGGAGAGCAUGAAGCAGAAGAUGGAGGAGCACACACAGAAAAAGCAGCUACUUGACCGGGACUUCAUAGCCAAGCAGAAGGAGGACCUGGACCUGGCCAUGAAGAGGCUCACAGCUGAAAACAGGCGGGAGAUCUGUGACAAGGAGCGCGAGUGCCUCAGUAGGAAGCAGGAGCUCCUUCGAGACCGAGAGGCGGCCCUGUGGGAGAUGGAGGAGCGCCAGCUGCAGGAGAGGCACCAGCUGGUGAAGCAGCAGCUCAAAGACCAGUACUUCCUCCAGCGGCACGAGCUAGUGCGCAAGCACGAGAAGGAGCGGGAGCAGAUGCAGCGCUACAACCAGCGCAUGAUAGAGCAGCUGAAGGUGCGGCAGCAGCAGGAGAAGGCGCGGCUGCCCAAGAUCCAGAGGAGCGAGGGCAAGACUCGGCUGGCCAUGUACAAGAAGAGCCUGCACAUCAACGGCGGGGGCAGCGCAGCCGAGCAGCGGGAGAAGAUCAAGCAGUUCUCCCAGCAGGAGGAGAAGAGGCAGAAGUCCGAGCGACUGCACCAGCAGCAGAAGCACGAGAACCAGAUGCGGGACAUGCUGGCGCAGUGCGAGAGCAACAUGGGCGAGCUGCAACAGCUGCAGAAUGAAAAGUGUCACCUCUUGAUUGAGCAUGAAACCCAGAAGUUGAAGGCCCUGGACGAGAGCCAUAACCAGAACCUGAAGGAAUGGAGGGACAAGCUUCGGCCACGUAAGAAGGCUCUGGAAGAGGAUCUGAACCAGAAGAAGCGGGAGCAGGAGAUGUUCUUUAAACUGAGCGAGGAGGCAGAGUGCCCAAAUCCUACCACCCCAAGCAAGGCCACCAAGUUCUUCCCCUACGGCUCUGCAGAUGCUUCUUAACAACCAUCCAGGGCUGUGGCAGCUUGGCAGGCCUCUGGGGCCCUCUCAUUCUCUGUGAACAAAUAACUCAGGACCCCCCUUCCUUCUUGCUUCUGUGCCAGCUCAAAUCCAGACCCUUGCCCUGUAUUGCUCCUGCUGUGGCAAGCUGUCUUUUGUGUCACUGGACUCUAAAAUGUGUGUUCUCGUUAAGCUCCAGAUCCCUUCAACCCGUGGGUGAUUUGGGCUGUUGGUGAGGUUAGGGUUCAGGAGGAAUGGGUAUAUCCUGUGGCCUUGAGGCCCCUCCUGUUUGCCAAAACAGUUUUGCUGUCUGUGGGCACAAAGUUCUGCUGAUGAAGUCACAAUGGGCUUGUCCAUAUGGUAACUUUCGUAGUUUUUCAGCCAUUCCCUGCAGUGUCGGAUCUAAGAAUCAAGGCCCCUCACAGCCAUUUCGAUUCCCAGUGGAGCCUGGCCUGCAGCCAGCUGCUCCAGAAGGCCCUCAUUCCUCCUGUUUCCCCAGUUUGCUUUUCACUUAAGACAGGGCAUAUCGACAUGGGGAGAAUGGACAGUGGAAAGAGGGAGGCCUGAACUACUCAUUCUGCUGGCCUUGAGUGUUUCACAUCAUCUCAUGAUCCCUCCCUGUACACACAGGACUCAGCUCCGGCUCUACCCAGGCUUUCCUCUGCCCAGGUGGGCUGGAACGCACUUGCUGCCUGAGCCUCUGCCACCGAGCCUGUUAGGUGGAGCAGUUGGUGUGGAACAUGCUGGGUGUUGGCACCACAGGCACCGAGCAGCACAGGCUGUACUGCCAGCCUGCAAUUCAUUCUGGCCCCCACACAGGAGCCUGUGCUCAGGGAUUAACUCCUCAGCACACAGACUUUCACAACCCAGUCUGCUCCCAUCUGACGCUUGCCCACCCAGUCUGCAGCUGAGAUGGACAGGCUUUUUCCCUCUGCCCUCCCUGAUCACGGUCCCACCUUACACUUCAGAGCAAGGCUGGCAGUCUCUUGAACUUCUCUUCGUGAAGAAAGAGCAUCAGGGAGAACGGAAUGCUUCCUGCCCCCAGAACCUGGCAGAAGUAAAGGGUCUGAACCUCAGAUAGACUCCAGGGCCUUCAGAGUCCCAGUUGCCUCCUCCCAGAUGCUAAUGCCACAGGCUACAGAGUGUCUGUAACCCAAUAAAAGCAAAUGCUCCCACCAGUAUGUGGGUUUAUUUACAAAGAAGACCCCUUUCCAUCUUGAUUUCUACAUUGAAACAGAUAGAAAAUGUAUGGCUUCUUCAGGAAGAUACCCACUUUUAAAAGAACACAAAAUUGAACACUUUGAAGAAUCAUAUGGAGUUAGAAUUUGGGUUUACUGUUUUUCUGGUGAGAAAGAGGUUGAGAUAACCCUGGGGGACUUUCUCCUUCACUCCUAAAGGUUAAGUUUGUACACUUUGUCUUUCUAAAGCAAUUUUCUGAAAGUUUUCUUGGCAUUGGUUAUAACUGGAUGCUUGGGAAGGGAGGGGCAGCCAUUCAACAGGAAAAGGGGACAUUGGGUUCCCAAAUCUUAGAGCUGGAGGAAGGCAGUGGUUCUCAGGUAAGUGAGCAUUCAGCCUGCCUGCUUCAGUAUUUGACCCAGAUGGGACAUUUCUCAGGUCUCAAACAAAUGAGACGGAGAUUGGAACUAGCAGCAGUGUGGCCACAGAACACAGACCCAGCUCCUCCAGGGGGAAGCCAGGAUCCGCCAACAGGCAGGCAGGGCUGCUUUGGGCUUUGUAUACAGUAUUUCCAUUUGUAUCCUGGGGCAUGAAAAUGAGUAUCAGGUGAAACGCCAGUUUCAUGGUUCAGGGGAAAGUCUUUGAUCAUUCCCCUUUUGGCUUGUCAUUCAUAUUGUCCCUGUCCUUUGAGGAGUUGCUGUGUCCCUGCUCAGUGCGGCCUGGGCCCAGUAGCUCCCCUGUGCUUUUCCGAAUGGGGUCUGGCAGGGUCUUCUAGCCUUACGAUUGAGCCAAUGCACAAUGCUUAUCUCUGAGAAGGCCCACAUCAUAUUCCUGUGCUGUGUGCUAAGGUUUUCUGUAUAAGGGACAGAUAGGAAAGUUUCUCCUUCUCAAUACGUUUUUAGCAGAGUAAAUAUAACUUAUGUUUUCCCUUUAUGAAGGAUAAAAGUUAUUUUUAUGUAGUUUCCAAACUUUAUACAAAAUUUUUGUAAAAUGUUCUCUGCAAAGUUAACUACAAGAAGGUAAAUAUGCUUCUAAUAAAAUAACCAGGUCAUUUGCA